UUCUCUCAAUUGUAUUCUCUCGUACGUAUAUAUGGAUAUAUAUUCCGUGGUGAAAAGUCUUGGUGAGCUCGAAAUCCGAUCUUCAGAAGAUGGUCAGACGACCGAAGAAAUAUCUGUCCAACGUCGUUAUGCAACUGUUCUGACAGAUGAAGAUAUUCUAAAGCUUAUGGAAAUUGACAUUCAGAGUGUUUCAGAGCUUGCUUUCCUCUCCAAAGCCGACGCCACACUUUUGCUUUCUCAUUUGAGCUGGGAUGUUAAUGAUAUUUGUGAACAAUGGUGUGCUGAUACCGAAAAGGUUAGAGAAUCCGUCGGCUUAUUGGAGCUUGACCCACCUUCAUCUGAUGACAGUGAAUUCUUUUGCCGAGUCUGUGGCGAAUCACACCCACAUGAGAACUUUGCAUCGGUCUCUUGUGGCCAUCGUAUAUGCACUGGUUGCUGGAAAAGCCAUAUCAACAAAAUCAUCAUUCAAAGUCCAGCUGCUGAAUUGAAUCUUAGGCUGAAAUGUCCAGUUCGUGUUGGUCUCUACGCUUCUUGUACUGCUUCUGUUGGUCAAGAUGUGAUUGAGAGAUUUGCUUCCGAGCAAGAGAAGUCCAUGUACGAUCAACAUCUCCUUAGAUCUUACGUUGACAGCAGCAAAACGAUGAAAUGGCAUCUUAUCCAGGGGGCUAGUUGCGCCAUUGAAUUUGGUCCCGAUUCUGAAAAUUCCAGUGUCUCCUGUCUCCGUUUUCUUAGACUCUGUUGGAAUUGCAGGGAGGAUGCUCACAGUCCUGUGGACUGUACAACUGCUGCAAAUUGGGUACAAGAAAUUACGGUGCCUUGUCCUAAGUGUCAAGUAAGGGUCCAACGAAAUCAAGAUAAUGCUCUGAAGAUGAAAUGUUUACCUUGUAACUAUGAAUUCUGUUGGUGCUGCCAUGCCGACUGGAUUGUACAUGGGGAAGACGAUUUAGACUUCUAUGCUUUCUCGAGUGAUCAAAGUGGGGAAAUGGCUGCAGAUAGUAGAUACAAAGAAUGUUAUGAAAAUUGGAAGAGUAGUGAAUUGUUGAUGGUAAAAGCAGAAGCAAACUUACAGAAACUAAACACUAUUGUUGAGGAUCUAAGUAACUCACAGUUACCAACCAAACCGCAGCUUAAGUUCAUUUUAGAAGCCGGACUUCAGAUAAUAGAAUGUACAAGGUUCCUGAAAUGGACUUAUGUUUAUGGAUAUUAUCUUGGAGAGGAUGAGGUUGGGAAGCAAAAUAUACUAGAGCAAAUGCAAGAGGAUGUAAAGUCGGUUCUUCUGGACAAGCUCGAUGACUGUCUAAAGACUGACCUAUCGCAGUUACUUGACGGGGAGAGACCAACAGAGUGUUUCAAUCGCUUCCGCAUCAAGUUAACCGAACUAACUAGCAUAGCACGAACACACUGCGAGAAUCUGAUAGGAGUCAUAGAGAAUGGCUUAGCUAGUGACUAGCUAGUGGUGUCUCUGCUUCAGAACGGAAGCUAGUGGUCCGGGCCAUAUACAUGACGAUUGAUGGAGGCUAAUAGAUGAUUUCCAGUUUAUUAACACAAUUUCAUUAAUUUUAUUACCGAUAAGUUUAUUUGGAUAUUGCAGUUCAGGCUGGAAUUUUUUAUAUAUAUUAAACGAGAUUGUUGUUUCCGUAUCA